AUGGAGAAGAUCAAAUCAGAGUUGAGGAAAGGUGCAUGGACCCAAGAGGAAGACAAUCUUCUCAGAACAUGCGUUCGAAAGUAUGGCGAGGGAAACUGGAAUCUGAUUCCUCAAAGAGCUGGUUUGAAGAGAUGCAGGAAGAGCUGCAGAAUGAGAUGGUUGAAUUAUCUGAAACCCAACAUCAACCGAGGAAGCUUCACUGAAGACGAGGCUGAUAUGAUUCGAAGGUUCCAUAAACUUCUGGGCAACAGAUGGUCGAUGAUAGCUGGAAGGCUACCUGGAAGAACAGCGAACGACGUGAAGAACUUCUGGCACACCAAAAUGCGCAAAGCAGCAGAAGAAAAUCAGAGGAAGAAGAAAGCAGCGGAAGAGGUGAGCAUCAUCACGGAGGACACAGCGAAAGUAAAAGUACAGCAAGUAGUACAAGUCAUAAAACCUCGGCCACAUACUUUCUCUGAGAAUUCGCCAUGGUUGAGGAACAAGAGUUAUGAGCUUGGUUCUGCAAGUGAAAGUGCUAGCAGCAGUAGUUUUGCAGCACAGCCAGGUCCUCCUGCUGCUGAUUCUGGCAAGAGCGAGGCAGAAGAAGAGUGGUGGGAGAAUUUACUGAAGAGUGCAGGAGGUGAUGAUGAGGGGCAAGAAGGUAAUUUCAUGGUGGACUUUUUUGACCAAGAUUUCCUCAGAAUGGAGGGUCUCCACCAUUGGUGGAGUCACUAG